AUGACUAAAGAAGAUAGAGCGUGUGAAGCCGCGUCGGGAUAUCCACAAUGUCGAGGUAAUCAGGGCAUCCCAGGCUCAAAGUCUGACGAGAUCGAGAUUAAGAGGAUAGUCACUCUUGACAAGGGAGAUAUGAAAUCUCAAGUUGUAUGCUCUUUGCCCGGAAUGCUUUGGAUUCGAGACGCGUACGAGCGCCAAUUAGAGGGGUUAUGCUUCGACCUUUUCCCAGUCACCAAUCUCGGCGAGGGCAUCGUGGGUUGGGAAGACCAAGACGACCCUGAAAUGCCCCUAAACUUCUCAAAGAAACGCAAGUGGAUAUGGGUUGGGUUGCUAUUGGUCGUCACGCUCCUAACGCCUUUCGCACCCUCGAUUCUAUCUCCCGCUAUAACUCAAUUAGAUAGUGAAUUCGGCAACGAUAAUUCUAUUGUCGGAUCCAUGACAGUGAGUAUAUAUCUCUUGGGUUAUGUUUUAGGCCCGAUAUUCAUAGCCCCGCUUUCUGAGAUAUAUGGGCGCAAACCUGUUUUAGGUGUAGCCAAUGUAAUAUUCUGCCUUUGGCAAAUCGGGUGCGCAUUGGCUCCAAAUAUCGAAACAUUGAUCGUGUCGAGAUUCUUCAGCGGAGUCGGCGGCGCUGGUUGCUUAACCCUUGGGGGAAGCAUUAUUGGUGACCUGUUCCGACCCGACCAGCGCGGCUUCGCAAUGGGUAUGUGGAAUAUCGGGCCUCUAAUAGGUCCAACCGUCGGCCCUUUAAUUGGCGGGUUCUUGGCUGAGUCUAUCGGUUGGCGCUAUGAGUUCUGGAUUGUCCUGGUUGCUGCCACCAUUGUCACGGUGCUCAUCCAAGUAUUGAACGAAGAAACAAGCCAUAAGGUCAUAAUACAGAGAAAAACAGCCCGACUCAGGAGGCUACUCGGUAGGAGUGACUUGAAGAGCCGUUAUGAUGAUUCGGACGAUCGGAACAAAACCCGAAUUCUCUUGGCAAGUCUGACGAGGCCUCUGAAGAUGCUAAUUUUAUGUCCUAUCGUGUUUUUCCUUUCCUUGUAUAUCGCUUUCGUAUUUGGUGUCGUUUACCUGCUCUACACGACAAUCCCGACCGUCUUCGAGGAGACAUACAAGUUCGAGACUAGGUUGACAGGCUUGGUGUACUUAUCCCUUGGUCUAGGGAAUGUUCUGGGGUGGUUAGCGAAUGGUGGGGUUUUCGAGCCGGAGAUGCGCCUCCUCACGAGUGUACCUUUCGGGAUAUGUCUUCCUAUAACGCUCUUCUGGUAUGGAUGGAGUACUUUCUAUGCCACUCAUUGGGUGUCUCCUAUUUUGUCGCUGAUACCAUACGGCUUCGGAAUCGUGGGACUCUUUUUACCCAUUACCACCUAUCUUGUCGAUAGUUAUCCUAUGUAUGCUGCGUCAGCUGUCGCGGCCAACAUCGUUCUUAGGAGGUUUAUUUGCAUUGUCAUGAUUCCAUUCCCCGUUGUCAUGUAUAAAUUUGGAGCUCGAUUGAGGACGACAGAGCGCUUCUAG